UUCCCGUCGGAGGGCACCCGUGUGCGGGCCGCUCGGACGCGCUAUGGCGGCGGUCGCCCGCCUCGCGCUGCUGCUGCUCCUGCCGCCGCUCCAGCCGGGCCCGGGCCCCGCCGCCGCCUACUUCCCCGAGGAGCGCUGGAGCCCCGAGUCGCCGCUGCAGGCGCCGCGCGUGCUCAUCGCCCUGCUGGCCCGCAACGCGGCGCACGCGCUGCCCGCCGUGCUGGGCGCCCUCGAGCGGCUGCGGCACCCCAAGGCGCGCGCCGCUCUGUGGGUGGCAACAGACCACAACGUUGACAACACAACGGCCGUGCUGCGGGAAUGGCUGAUCCGUGUGCAGAGCCUCUAUCACCACGUGGAGUGGAGGCCGAUGGAGGAGCCCAGGUCAUACCUGGAUGAGGAAGGCCCAAAGCACUGGUCAAAUUCUCGCUAUGAGCAUGUGAUGAAGCUCAGACAGGCAGCCUUGAAAUCUGCCCGGGACAUGUGGGCUGACUACAUCCUGUUUGUGGAUGCAGAUAAUAUCCUGACAAACCCAGACACUCUGAGCCUGUUGAUGGCGGAGAAUAAGACGGUGAUAGCACCCAUGCUAGAUUCUCGUGCUGCCUAUUCUAACUUCUGGUGUGGGAUGACCUCACAGGGUUAUUACAAACGUACUCCUGCCUACAUUCCUAUUCGGAAAAGGGAUCGCCGUGGUUGCUUUGCUGUCCCCAUGGUGCAUUCCACCUUCCUGAUCGACUUGAGAAAGGAGGCCUCUUGGGAUCUCACUUUCUACCCUCCACACCCAGACUACACCUGGUCCUUUGACGAUAUCAUUGUCUUUGCAUUUUCCUGUAAGCAGGCAGAAGUCCAGAUGUUUGUGUGCAACAAGGAUGUUUAUGGCUACCUGCCAGUACCACUGAGAUCCCACAGCACUCUCCGGGACGAGGCGGAGAGCUUCAUGCAUACGCAGCUGGAGGUCAUGGUGAAGAACCCUCCAGUGGAACCUUCGCAAUAUGUGUCGGUCCCGCCCAAGAUACCUGAUAAGAUGGGUUUUGAUGAGGUGUUCAUGAUUAAUCUGAAGCGCCGGACAGACCGACGUGACCGAAUGCUGCAGACACUAUAUGAGCAGGAGAUAGAGUGCAAAAUCAUUGAGGCUGUGGAUGGAAAAGCUAUGAACAGCAGCGAGGUGGAGGCUUUGGGGAUUAAAAUGCUUCCAGGUUAUCAGGAUCCAUACCAUGGCCGUCCGCUCACCAAAGGGGAGCUGGGGUGUUUUCUUAGUCACUACAAGAUCUGGAAGGAGAUUGUGGAGAGAGGGCUGGAGAAAUCAGUCGUGUUUGAGGAUGACCUGCGUUUUGAGAUUUUCUUUAAGCGACGUUUGAUGAACCUAAUGUACGACUUGGAAGACGAGGGUCUAGAUUGGGACCUGAUCUACAUUGGGAGAAAGCGGAUGCAAGUGGAGCACCCAGAGAAGUCUGUGCCUCAUGUGCGAAACCUAGUGGAAGCUGAUUAUUCCUACUGGACUCUGGCCUAUGUGAUUUCACUGCAGGGCGCCCAGAAGCUGCUGGCAGCUGAGCCACUGUCUAAAAUGUUACCAGUGGAUGAAUUCCUUCCUGUCAUGUUUGACAAGCAUCCUGUAUCUGACUACAAGAAGCAUUUUGAAAACCGGAAUUUGCUGGCCUUUUCAGUGGAACCACUUCUGAUUUACCCCACGCAUUACACUGGUGACGAUGGUUACAUCAGUGAUACCGAGACCUCGGUGGUUUGGAAUAAUGAGAAAGUAAAAACUGACUGGGACCGUGCCAAAUCUCAAAAAAUGAAAGAGCAACAGGAGCUGAAAAAUGAGGCCAGGAACUCAGAUGUGCUCCAGUCUCCUCUUGACAGUGCAGCCCGGGAUGAACUAUGACCAGAGCAGGCCCCUGACAGGGAAAGGAAAAAGGGACAGAGGUAUAGGGUACACAGCAGGAGAAGAGUUUUAUGGUAGUAACAUCAUUUUUGUGGGGAUUACCGGGCCUUCCUUUUCUGUCCAGGGAUAUGAUGGCAAAAAUCACUUACAGAAAAAAGCCCACAAGGGUUAUGGUUGGAGCCCUACUGAUCACUGCUGUUUUCAGACUGUAGGAGGGAGAAUGCUGGAGGAAGUCAGGUUUGCCAGGCAAAUUCAUUUAGCUAUUGAUAGAUCCAUUGUGCAGUGGAGGUCUUCACACAGCCAGUCACUGUAAUGGAGAAGUUUUAUUCUUCAGUUUAGGAAAUGGGUACCUGAUAGAAAAUCUCUUUUUUUGCCUCUGUUGCCACAUACAUGUAUCUGCACUGGGAAUCUCUCUCUUGACAUUUGACUGUUCCUUUGGGGAAGAGGGCUGAAAUGCAGCCAGAUCCUGCAGAUUCCAGGGAACAGUUUGGCCUGAUAUAUAGUGUGUAAGGUCCCCUCUCUGUAUAAGACUUUUCUAGUUUUGUGAAAUGUUUGGCUGUGGCUUGAACUAUGUUCUGCCUUCUUGCAAACAGCCCAAAGUGCCUAGAGAAGGAGCACAAGAAGUACUGAUAUCUCCUCUAUUAAGCUCUAUCUUGUACCUUAACUGAGUGCUGGCUGCUUAGCCCUGGAGGCUGAAGUGUACUUGCAGGAUGGACAGCAGUGGCACUCAGCCCUUAGGCUGUCUAACCCUGAUCUGGAGGAGCCUAGAGAUGAGGGAGUCUGAGAGCUGGUGAAUCUCCAGUCUUUGCUUGGGUGGGUACUGUACUGAUCCAGUCAGUUCUGCCUGGAAGAAUAAUUGAAAAUACCUGCAAAAUGCUAAGAAAUGUCUGUUUUUUUCCCAUGCAUCUUCCACUGUACAGGGAGCUCAGAUCCUCUAGGAAAGGUCUGGCCUGCCUUUUACAAUGUGGGGCUGCUGGUUUUUACUUUCUCUCCUGCUGUGGAUAACCAAACACUCUCCUCCAGGUGGAGACUUGAGAAGAGUACUUAGUUUGUCUUCCAUGAUGGGAUGUGGGACCUGAGGACAGAUGUCCAGAUUUUGGUUGUGUUGUCAUUUCAUCUGUUUGUUGCCAACCUAUUGCCUGGGUCACUUAAAGGAUUUAUGUUAUGGCCAAUGAUUUGAUCUCCAAUUUUUGCUUCAGCUUUCCGCAGUGCUCUGGUAAAGCUUUCUAUGCACUGCCCCCAGUCCCCAUGGCUUUUAGUAGGUUGCCUGUUUUUAUUUUGUUUUUCAUGCUUUUCCUUUUCUCUGGGUUAUGAAUCUUUGCAGUGUUUCAUAUUGGGUCACAUAACAGAGCUAGCUGAAAUGGGGUUUUCUUUUCUGGGCUCAUAAAAGGCACCUUGAGAGCAAAAUUCUCCUUGCACUGAAAUGCCCCCUGUUCCUGUCCUUCCCAAACCACUUCCUCCUUACAGCUUCUCACAAGAAUUUCAGGUUUGAAUAUCUCCUGCCUGGUUUUUUUAGGUAUAAUUUUGAAGCCAAAGCUCCUCUGCCCUUGUGUGAAUGAUGCGGCUGGGAACAGAAGCUGCCUUUUAAAAUAAAGUUUGAGUUGAAAUUCUCUA